CAAUACUGUGGUGCCAUCUUGGAUUCAUCUUCAUGUUUGAUUAUAUUUCUAUGAGAAUCCUCCUCUCCCGUCUCUCUGCGUUUAGCUCGAAGCUUUAGCUCAAACCAGCGUGAGCAUGUCUAAAAUGCACCGGCUCAGAGACCUGCUGAACGAGCUGCUGAUUGCGGCUGCGGAGGAGAUCUUUGCGCUGUUUGAAGGGACGAUAGCGGAAUAUGAAGAGGAACUGCGCCGCUCCAAAGAGGAGAACCAGAGGAAACAGGAGAUUUUGGACUCGGUUCUGAGUCCGAGAGUCGUGCUGCACAGAGCGACAUCAGCACAGUCCGUGUCCAGUCUGCCUGAUUUUAUCUCAUAUGAGAUUACACCCUCAUCUACCUCGAGCGUUGAAAUUCCCUCAGUGAAAGUUCUGACUGUCCCUGAUGAGAUUAAAGAGGAGCCAGAGGAACUGAUCGUCAAACAGGAGGAAGAGCAGCUGCAAGUAGCGGAAGUUGCAUCAUUGACCAGUUGGCAAAGGACACAUGGAAUCAGCAAGCAGAUGCCACUGUCAAAGACUGCCCGCUACAGGGAGCGUGUCAAUUCUGACCCUGCAGCAAGAGCAAAGUACCUUGCCAGGAGAAGAGAAAGCUACCAGAGAAAAAAGCAACAAGGAAAGAGUCCUUAUGUUAAAUCAAGUGAGCUGCAAGAAGAAGAGAAAAAGAAGCAGAGAGAGAAAUGGAAGGCUGCAUCCAAGGCUUACAGGAACAGAAAAAAGAUGGCAAACCUGGUAUUAAACCUCACCCGGCCAUCUAUGGACACUAUUUCACCAGCUCUCCUUAGGCCAUGAAUUCACAAGUGAAGUUCACAAGGUUACUGUCAUUUUUAAAAAUAAGAAUGUUGUGUAAAGGAAAAGUGGAAAUAAAAUCUGUUUAUAAAUGUUUUUUUAAAAGACAUCCGUCAAAGUUAACUUAAGCUGUUUGUGAGUUAAAAAAAUUAUGAUAGACAUGUCAUGAAAAUGAAAGCACUGUUAAUGAGAAAAGUAGAAAUGCAAUGGAAAAAAAUGAAAGUUUGUCUUCACUUGCCUUCACUUGUUUAACUGAAAUUAUUAUUAUUUUUAUUAAAUCUGUUUACGAAUAUCAACAAAGGCCACAAAUGUGAAGUUCAUAAGUGUUAUGGUUGUUAAAGUGACUGCAAGUGACAAUGAAAAUUAAAUGUGAGGAAAAAAUGACAAUGUUGUAGAAAUGAAACGGGGAAAAAAAUGAUAAUUUUCAUCUUCACUGGGUAUUAAACUGUAAUAAAUUUGUAUGUAAUUAUACAUUUUUCAUGCAGUUUAUUUGUUACUAAUUUAUUGUUAUUUGUUUGACCAAUAUGAGGUUUUCCCGUCAUUUGGUGUGAUCAUGCGUUAUAUGGUGUGACCAAUAAUAGCAGUAAUUUUCUUAAAACAAAAAUAUGGUAUUUCAAUUCUAUGGCUGAAAUUUUAAUAAUACUCGGGUGAAUGGUAUUCUUUAGGGAUUUUUUUUUAUUUUAUGCAAUUAACAGCAAAAAGUACUAUGUUAAUUAAACGCACGCAGGUGACUCAUUGAACGUCAAAAGAAAAUAUCAAUAUGCAUUAAAAAUCAAAAGAAAUGCCAACAGUUUGUUUCUAUACACUUCAUAUUACUCACAAUUUAGACUAAAAUCCCAAGCAUUUUAGAAAAUAAAACAAUGUUAAGGUUGUUCUUGGUCGCACCACAUGAUUUUUUAAGGACGUAGCUAAGUAAUGUACAUAAAAAAAAAAAAUUAUAAAUGCUUCAUAUUAAUGUAAAAACACAGAUUUAUGCAUACAUGACAUUUGAAAAAGUUCAAUAGAAACUAAUAUUUUUUUAUAUUUAAAAAUGUACCUGUUGAAAAUACUUGCAGAUUUAAAUGAUGGGGUUAGCAGUAGUUUAUCCAGAAUAAGAAAGUAUAUUUUGUUGCUUGUGAAGGAAAUUAUGGUACUUGGAGAACUGCAGCCUUUGUGAUUUUGCUACUUGCGUUCAUUCAAUUUGCAACUUCGAUUAGAUUAACAGUGCAGCGCUAAUUUAAAGCAGACCUAUUGUGCAAAAUCGACUAAUUUUCAAAACCCCAUUUUAUCAACUCCUGCCACUGACAUGAGUCCACUGCUCUACACACACUCACACCCCAAUUUAAUAUUCUUAGUGAUACAAAUAGGAUUCGUCAGCAUUACGCAGUCAUUGUGGUAAAAAUGGAAAAAAAAAAUCUGCAGCUCACUAGUGUGAUGUGCAGCAUCCAUCAGAGGUGCUGAUAGCUGCGCUGCUCCUUGUGAUGACGUUUAGGGCGAUGUCAGCUCAGUUUUCUAAUACAGAAGUCAGCUAACUUGUUUGUUUUAAGAAGCUGUUUUAGAUCCAUAUUUGGACAUUUAAAAUGUCCAAAUUAUAACAAAUUGUUCCACAGGUGUCAAAGAUUAUGACACAAAUAAUGUAGACACAAGCACGAUGUCUUCUUUAAGAAUCGCAGAAGACAUUACUAAAUGUGUUGCUUAAUAUUGCUUUAGUAUGUGUAAAUUUUAUAAUAAAAU